GAAACCAACAUGAGGAUAGUGUACCGCGAUGUGCAGUGGGCGGACUUCACCCGCCUCGAGAAGAUUUCGAUGCAGACGGCCAACGUUGACGUCUGCGUUGCCAUCGGGACGGGCAGGGCAGCGCGAGACACGGACUACACGAAGUGCCAGCUGCCAAACCACCAAUGCAUUCAGUUCGGGUGGAGGAAAGCGGUUGGCGUCAACAAGUCAUGCGGACUGGCAGGACGGACUGGCAUGAUCACAGUUAGCGUGGGCACAAUAGACGUGGCGCUUUUCCCCAUCUGCAUUCCAUUGCGGGGCAUGGCCGUCAACACCCGCAAGGGCAUCACUAGAACCAUUCUCAUGUGGAUCCAGAGCGAGCUUGACAAGCUGGGUCACAACUGCCUUCCCAUCAUCUUAGGUGACUACAACUGCGCUUUUGGAAUACGCCGAGACACAACAGGAAGGAAGUACAUCGAUGCCACCGAGUCUAUCGGCACAGAGGAGCCCGCCUUAGAGAACACCACCAGCUCGCAGAUGCGCGACUUCAUGGAUGACAACCACCUGGCGAUCGCUUACACCUUCAGGCGGACAGGGCCCACCUACUACAGAGGCGCCCACACAAGCAAAAUAGACCACGUUGCCUUGCCCGCGACAGCCCUGUGCAGAGCAUGCCACCUUAACCCCUCGCUCGGCUUGGCGCGACGACUCCAGCUACACGUCUCCGCGCACCUGACCGACCACGUGCCGAUCUACAUGAACCUGGACGUGCACAUCGCCAAGACCCACACCAGCAAGCUCACACCACAUGCCAACCGCGACCUGAUGAUGAUUGCUUUCACACGGGGCUACAAGCGCCUGGAGUUUCUAAAAAAGUAG